UCAUAUGUUUGACCUUCUCAAGGUGACCGAUAUCGCAGACCGCGUUAAAACAGUCAGGGUUGACAGGGUCUAGCGGUUGCACGGCCUUUACCUGAUUAUUCCGAGAGUAAAUCAAGAUGAGCGUACAGAGCGAUUCAGACAAGCGGAAGCAGAUCUCUGUGCGAGGUAUCGUAGCGGUAGAAAAUGUUACCGAAGUGAAGAAAGCCUUCAAUCGUCAUGUGCAUUAUACUCUGGUGAAAGAUAGAAAUGUUGCGACUCCUCGAGACUACUACUUCGCCUUGGCACACACCGUGAGGGACCACCUCGUCUCGCGCUGGAUUAGAACCCAACAGUACUACUAUGAAAAGGAUCCCAAGCGUGUCUACUACCUCUCACUGGAGUACUACAUGGGCCGCUCACUCCAAAACACCAUGAUAAACCUGGGCAUCCAGGGCACGGUGGAUGAAGCUCUGUACCAGUUGGGCUUAGAUAUUGAAGAACUGGAGGAGUUGGAAGAGGAUGCGGGACUUGGUAACGGAGGUCUGGGACGCUUGGCCGCUUGCUUCCUUGACUCUAUGGCCACUCUUGGACUGGCUGCCUAUGGCUAUGGUAUCAGGUACGAGUACGGUAUUUUCGCGCAGAAGAUUGAGCACGGCGAGCAACAAGAAGAGCCCGACGACUGGCUGCGUUACGGCAAUCCUUGGGAGAAGGCGCGCCCGGAGUUCAUGUUACCCGUCAACUUCUAUGGCCGCGUGGUCGACACCCCUCAGGGAAAGAAAUGGAUUGAUACUCAGGUCGUGUUCGCGAUGCCCUACGACAACCCGAUACCCGGAUACAACAACAAUGUCGUCAACACGCUCCGUCUCUGGUCUGCCAAGAGUCCCAUCGACUUUAACUUGAAAUUCUUCAACUCUGGUGACUACAUCCAGGCUGUCCUUGAUCGUAACGUUGCGGAGAACAUUUCCAGAGUUCUUUACCCUAACGACAACUUCUUCGAAGGCAAGGAGUUGCGUCUGCGCCAGGAGUACUUCAUGUGCGCUGCCACUCUGCAAGAUAUUAUUAGGAGAUACAAAAACUCUAAGUUUGGCAGCCGCGAGGCAGUCAGAACAACUUUCGACAGUCUUCCCGAGAAAGUUGCUAUUCAACUCAACGACACCCACCCUGCGCUCGCUAUUCCUGAGCUACUUAGGAUUCUAGUUGACAUUGAGAAAGUGCCCUACGAAAAGGCAUGGGAACUAGUAACUAAGUGCUGCGCUUACACAAACCACACAGUUCUGCCUGAAGCCCUAGAGAGAUGGCCUACCACGAUGUUGGAGAAUGUGUUACCAAGGCAUAUGCAAUUGAUCUACCACAUCAACUUCCUGCAUCUGCAGGAGGUGCAGAAGCGUUGGCCGGGUGACAUGGACCGCAUGCGUCGCAUGUCGCUUAUUGAAGAAGAGGGAGAGAAGCGAGUCAACAUGGCUAACUUGUGCGUUGUUGGCUCACAUGCCGUCAAUGGAGUUGCCGCUAUCCACUCAGAGAUCCUCAAAAAAACUAUCUUCCGUGACUUCUUCGAGAUGUGGCCAGAGAAGUUCCAGAACAAGACUAACGGCAUUACACCCCGCCGUUGGCUCCUUCUCUGCAACCCGGGCCUUUCAGACCUCAUCUGCGACAAGAUUGGUGAGGACUGGACUGUCCAUCUGGAGAAACUGCAGCAGUUGAAACGCUGGUCUAAAGACCCUGCUUUCCAGCGCGCUGUCAUGAAGGUGAAGCAGGAGAACAAGCUGAGGCUUGCGUCGUUGAUUGAGAGGGACACUGGCGUCAAGAUUAACCCGGCUUCGAUGUUCGACGUGCAAGUGAAGAGGAUUCACGAGUACAAGCGUCAGUUGCUGAACAUCUUGCACGUGAUCACGCUGUACAACCGCAUCAAGCGCGACCCCAGCGCCCCCAUCACCCCGCGGACUGUCAUGAUCGGAGGCAAGGCUGCCCCCGGGUACUACGUUGCUAAGCAAAUGAUUGCCUUGGCUUGUGCUGUUGGCAACACUGUGAACAAUGACCCCGACGUGGGAGACAAACUGAAGCUGAUAUUCCUGGAGAACUACCGCGUCACAUUGGCUGAGCGUAUCAUGCCCGCGGCUGACCUCAGCGAACAGAUUUCCACUGCCGGUACGGAAGCUUCGGGCACGGGUAACAUGAAGUUCAUGUUGAACGGCGCCCUCACCAUCGGUACCAUGGACGGCGCUAACGUCGAGAUGGCUGAGGAAGCCGGCGAGAAGAACUUCUUCAUAUUCGGCAUGAGGGUCGAUGAUGUUGAGGCUCUGCAGAAGAAAGGCUACAACGCAUUCGAAUACUACGAGCGCAACCCAGAGCUAAGACAAUGCAUAGAGCAGAUCCGCAGCGGUUUCUUUUCCCCUGGCGAGCCGGGCCGGUUCGCUCACAUCGCUGACGUUCUGCUGCAGCACGACCGAUUCCUCCACCUGGCUGACUAUGAUGCCUACAUUGAAGCGCAGGACAAGGUCUCCGAGGUUUAUCAGAACCAGUCGAAAUGGGCUGAGAUGGUGAUCGAGAACAUCGCAUCGUCCGGCAAGUUCUCUUCUGACCGCACCAUCGCGGAGUACGCGCGUGAGAUCUGGGGCGUGGAGCCCUCGUGGGAGAAGCUGCCGGCGCCGCAUGAGACCUCUUAAGCGAUUCCCCGCCCCGAGUCCAUCCCGCGUCCACAGAUAUGAGAACGGUACUCACUGUCUUGUUACCACCAAUAUUCGUAGCCUCGAAAAUUUUCCUAAUAUUAGUAUGUUAACUUAAAAAAAUAUAGCAAUACAUUACAAAAGCUUCCGGUUUUUACAAACAUAUUUUGGAAACUAAUAUGACUCGUAUGUAUAUUUUUAUAUAAUUAAAACUUUUUACUUCAUUUAUCUGUAGUAGUGCCAAGAAAAUGUUGUUGUAUUAAAUAUCUAUACUUUAUAGCAAAUUUAAAUUUUAGUGUUACAGAACCGUGAUUGAUUUAGUUCUAUGUGUAACUUCGCGGCUUUUGUAACAUAGAUUUUGUAAUAUGUAUAUUAUUAUAUCUUGUAGAUGUUGAAAUUGAUGUUGUAUUUAGAAAAUAUUUAUACUGUGUAUUGAAAUAACAAGUAGAUCUUGAUCCUCUGUAGUUAUAAAAAUAAACACAAUGUGCUGUGUUUCAAAAUAAUCAGUGAGUUACAUGUCUCAGUGUCUUUAAUACCGCAACUAACGUUCCUAAAACCUAUGUUUCAAACAUUUUUUAUUUCUCAUGUGUGUAAUUAUAAGAAGGCAAUACACCAACUUAAAGAAUUUAUUUUUGUGUGCCAUAUAUUUUUGUAUUCCUGAAAUACAUUUAUACAGCACUAUGCCAUUAAAAUAAAUGUGACUAUAUAAUAUCUUAAACCCUUCCAAACUAUCACUUUAAUACAAAACAGUAGGGUUAAAUUGAAUUAAGAAUAAAGUAUUGAUGUUAAUGGUUAUAAUUUUAAGAAUAUUUUUCUAUAUUAUAUACCAGAUAAUAUAAUUAUUAUACUUAUGCUGCCAUAGAUAUGUUAUUUAUUUAUGUUAUAAAAAU